AUGAAUUCCAAUAUCAGAGCCCUUCUCCUCUACCUUCUCAGCGCCUCCCUCACAACCGCCUCUCCAGCACCCACCCAAACUGGAACAAACCCCCACCAAAUCACCCUUGCACCACGCCAGACAGACGCACCAGAGGGUUGGUUCACCACCACCAAAAACAUCGCCACCAUCGGCGGUACAACAGAGAAAUACUUUACCCAACCCGCAAAGACAAUUCAAAUCGUCAUCCCGACAUGUAUCCAGACUCAUGAACCCGACGAAAAUGGUUAUCUUCCACCUGGAACUUGCAAUGCCAAUUGGAAUUACUACCCAAGCUUUUCUGCUGCUGCGGCAUUCGCUGUACUUUUUGCGGUGGUGACGGGGAUGCAUGUUUGGCAGGCUGCUCGAUACAAAAAGGCCUGGUGCUGGGUUAUCAUCAUGGCAGGAAUCUGGGAAACAACAGCCUUUACAUUCAGAGCCAUCAGCACAAAACAUCAACAAAGCAUCGGCGUUCUCCUCGUAUUCCAGAUCUUCAUCCUCCUCGCCCCAGUUUGGGUUAAUGCAUAUGCGUACAUGACACUCGGCCGAAUGGUGUACUACUUCAUCCCCACCCACACCCUCCUCGGCAUGCCAGCCGUUACUCUAGCGGCCAUCUUUGUCGGACUCGAUAUCGUGUCGUUUAUCGUGCAGCUUAUCGGGGGAAGUUUGGCAGGUCCUGGAUCGCCGCCUGAUAAGCAGCUUGAGGCUAUCCAUAUUUACAUGGGUGGUAUUGGACUGCAGGAGUUCUUUAUCGUUGUUUUUGUGGUCCUGUGCAUUUGCUUUCAGCGGAAAAUGCACGAGAUUCGAGGCGAAACCGGUAUCAGGACCAUGGUAACUUCCGACUGGGGCAGACUUCUCUGCGCACUCUACUUUUCGCUCGCCAUGAUCUCUGUCCGAAUUAUUUAUCGGCUCAUCGAAUUCUCAGGCGGUAUGGGUCAUGACAAUCCUCUCGUCACACACGAGGUGUAUUUUUACAUUCUUGAAGCUGCGCCUAUGAUUUUGGCUCUGGUGGCGUUCAAUUUUGUUCAUCCGGGGAGGAUCAUGCAGGGCCCUCUAUCGGAUAUGCCUGGUUUGUUCUCGUUCAUCAAGGACAAAUUCCGAGGAGGGAAGGGGAAGCAGUUGCUUGAUGAUAGGAGUGAUAGUGAGGUUGAGAUGGGUCGAAGGUAUGAGCCUACGCGUGUUGAGGCCCAAUUGAAGGAGUCAUCGCGUUAUCGGGAAGGGUUGUGA